ACCAUUUGAAGACCAUUUCAAUGAUAUUGACAGCAUUUUAGCCAUUGAGAGGAUAUGUUAAAAUUGAUACGACAAUCGCCGAAUGGCCUCAAAUUGGUGGCCAAACUUGUCGUUUGUGGACAAAACUCGGCGAUUAGUACAACAGCCGUAAGUGGUCGCCGACAGACAUUUAGUCGACAACCAUAUCGGGUGUUGACCGAUGCAGGAAAAGACUACUUCCAGGAGACUGACUAUAAAGAACCGGUUAGUUCGGCUAAACUUGAAUACCGACCGAAAGGACAGAUUGAUCGCAACGAAAGACGAGAGUAUAAUAAAUACUUUGACGAAGGAUUCACUGAUGACUUCUUGAAAGAUAAUGACAACGAUUUUCAAGACGACUACAAUCAACGCAACCGACGAAAAGUUGGUAACAAUUUCAAGAAUAAUACUCAUCAAAGAUAUGCGACAAAUAAUAAUACAUUUGGUGAUGAAGAAGAAAACAACUUUGAAGACUAUAAUCAACGCAAUCGAUGGAAAAAUGGUAAUAAUUUGAAGAAUAAUUUUCAGAAAAGAUAUGAAACAAAUAAAAAUAAUUUUAUGAACGAAGAAGAAGACAACUUUCAAAACUACAAUCAACGCAAUCGAUGGAAAAAUGAAGAAAACAACUUUGAAGACUACAAUCAACGCAAUCGAUGGAAAAACGGCAAUAAUUUGAAGAAUAACCCCCAACGAAGAUAUGAGACAAAUAAAAAUAAAUUUAUGGACGAAGAAGAAUACGACUUUGAAGACAGAGAUCAAGAAAACUAUCAAAAACCGAAACAACAGAAGAAACAGCAAAACAGAGAAAAAACAAAAUACAAUGAAGUUUUGAAACCAAAGAUUUCGGGAAUUCCUGUUUACGAAAAAUUAGGCGACAAUAACACAGAAUUUGUAAAAAUUAUGACUAAAACUAAGUCAAGAAAGCAACGCGAAAAGGAGGAUCUAAUGAUAUUGGAAGGCAAACGAUUGAUAAGCGAUGCCAUCGAAGCCGGCGUCCAAUUAAAAGCCAUAUAUUUUUCGAAAGAAGAAAAUCUGAUCGGAAUUCCAGAAUUGGAUCGUUUAGUUGCCGGUGGUAUGAAACUGAAGAAAGUUUUCUACAAAGAUAUUCAAUUGUUUAGUAAUAUGUCCUCAAGUCCUGGUCUGGUGGCAGUCACUCAAAGACCAGAUCAAAGACAAAUAUUGACUAAUUUGGAAUUUAGUGGCGAAAGAAUGCCAUUGAUUAUCAUUGGUGACAAUAUCCGAGACCCGGGAAACUUAGGAACAAUGAUCAGAUGUGCCACUGCUGUCGGCGCUAUGAAGUUAGUGCUAACUAAAGGCUGUGUCGAUGCCUUCGAGUCUAAAGUGUUGCGAUCAGCUGCCGGCGCGCACUUCCGCUUAUCCAUUGCUAACGAUGUUGAGUGGCCAUUGAUUUUCAAUCAUUUGCCAAUUGAUAAACCAUUUGAUCUCUAUGUUGCUGAGUCUAACGAAAAUUUCGCUCAAAAUAGCGAUGAAUACAAUGUUAAAGGAGAUCAACGAAAGCUCUUAGAGAAUAUACCGGUGCAUACGAUAAAUACCAUCAGAAAAGAGGUCGAUAUUGAAACUAAAGAGACAUUUUUAUACGACGAAUCAUUUGACAAUUCAAAUGAAAGUCUAUUCAAAUAUCGAAACCUAACCAUCUCUUCCACCAAUUAUUGCGACACAAAGUUUUAUACGUUAGGCAUCGAUAGGCCCACAGUUUUGGUUAUUGGUGGCGAAACACACGGCUUAAGUGAUCAGUCAUACAAAUUGGCCUAUGAUUUCAUUGGACGCAAAAUACGAAUACCGUUGACGGCGGGUGUGGACAGUUUGAACAGUGCAGUGGCCGCCGCUGUCAUUAUGUAUGAAAUGAAACGACAAUUUCAUUGUCAACUCAAAUGUUUGGCAUCAGAUAAAUGUGUCCAACAAAAUAACAUUUAA